UCUCAACGACAUCUAUGGUGCAGAAACAGUAGCUCAAACAAACCUCUUGCAUCUUCUUACUCAGCCUUUACCCACGUUCAUGAAAAUGGCGGCAGAGCAAGAGCAAUUUUAUCAGCUCCUUAAUACCCUUUUAAGUACGAAUAAUGAGAUUCGCACCCAAGCUGAGGAAACUUACAACAAUUUACCUGUAGAGCCGAAGGUUACAUUUUUGUUAAAUAGCUUGCACAAUGGUGCUCUCAAUGAGGAGGCUGUCCAAAUGGCAGCUAUUCUUUUGCGCCGUUUAUUUACCUCGGAGUUUGCUGACUUUUACCCCAAGCUAUCACCCGAAGCUCAGGCUGAGUUGAAGUCCAAAGUACUGCUUGCCGUCCAAAGGGAUCAAACUGAUGGAUGCAGACGUAAAAUGUGUGAUGUGGCAUCAGAAGUGGCCAGGAACUUCUUGGAUGAUGAUGGCAACAACACUUGGCCAGAAUUUCUUCAAUUUCUAUUCCAAUGUGCUAACAGUGCUGUACCAGUCCUUAAAGAAUCAGCCCUGCGAAUGUUUACAUCUGUGCCUUCAGUUUUUGGAAACCAACAAGCAAGUCAUCUUGAUCUUAUCAAGCAAAUGAUUCAGUCUUCUCUCACAGAUGCCACAAGCUAUGAUGUCCGCUUCCAAGCUGUUAAAGCUAUCAGCGCAUUUAUUUUGCUGCAUGAGAAAGAAAAUAACAUCUUAAGACACUUUUCUGAUCUUCUUGCUCCUGUCAUUCAGGUCAUAAUGCAAAGUGUUGAAAAGCAAUCAGACAGUGCUUUGCUUAAAUCUCUUAUUGACCUUGCUGAAUCAAGUCCCAAAUUCCUGCGACCUCAGUUGGACACAAUUAUGCAAAUGUGCAUGGAGCUCUUUUCUAAUGCAGACUUGGAUGAUGCUUGGCGUCAGUUGGCUCUGGAAGUCAUUGUUACACUCUCCGAGACUGCCCCUGCUAUGGUGCGCAAAGUUGGUGCCAAGUAUGUCCCUGAGUUGGUGCCUAGGGUUUUGCAUCUCAUGACAGAUUUGGAAGAUGAUGAUGAUUGGAGCGCUGGGGAUGAAAUUAUUGAAGAGGAUAAUGACUGCAAUAAUGUUGUGGCUGAAUCAGCUCUUGACAGACUGGCGUGUGGCCUGGGUGGGAAAACCAUGUUACCUCACAUUGUUCAAAAUAUUCCUCAAAUGUUGGAAAACCCCGACUGGAAAUACCGGCAUGCUGCUCUUAUGGCAAUUUCAGCUGUUGGUGAAGGCUGCCAUAAACAGAUGGAAGCAAUGCUCCCUCAGAUUAUGGAAGUAGUCAUCAAAUAUCUUAUUGAUCCUCAUCCAAGAGUGAGGUAUGCUGCCUGCAAUGCCAUUGGUCAAAUGUCAACAGAUUUUGCUCCAAACUUCCAAAAGAAAUUCCAUGAGAAGGUUGUGCCAGGGCUUCUUUUGGUUCUAGAUGACAAUCAAAAUCCAAGAGUUCAGGCUCAUGCAGGUGCAGCUUUGGUCAACUUCAGUGAAGAUUGCCCCAAAAACAUUUUAACUGGCUAUUUGGAUGCCAUCAUGGGCAAAUUACAGGCCAUUCUUAAUGCUAAAUUUGAUGAACUAAUGAAGCGAGGAACGAAACUUGUUUUGGAGCAAGUUGUCACUACCAUUGCAUCUGUUGCGGACACUUCAGAAGAACAAUUUAUUAAAUAUUAUGACAAUUUGAUGCCAUGCCUGAAGUUUAUUAUUGCCAAUGCCAACACUGCUGAAUUAAAGCUUUUGCGUGGAAAAACUAUUGAAUGUGUCAGUUUAAUUGGCUUAGCAGUUGGUAAUGAAAAGUUUGCACCUGACGCAAGUGAAAUCAUGGAUUUGCUGUUGAAGACAAAUCAGGAGGGGGAACUGGCUGAUGAUGACCCUCAGACAUCCUACCUGAUAUCAGCUUGGGCCAGGAUCUGCAAAGUUUUGGGAAAGCAAUUCCAGCAAUACUUGCCAUUGGUUAUUGGUCCAGUCAUGCGCACUGCCUCUCUAAAACCCGAAGUUGCUGUGUUAGAUAAUGAUGACAUGGAAGGAAUGGCAGGCGAUGAUACAUGGCAAUUCGUUUCUCUUGGAGAACAGCAAAAUUUUGGUAUCCGAACCUCCGGUCUAGAAGACAAAGCUUCUGCUUGUGAAAUGCUUGUUUGUUAUGCAAAGGAAUUAAAAGAAGCCUUUGCGGACUAUGCUGAACCAGUGGUAAAACUGAUGGUGCCAAUGCUUAAAUUCUACUUCCAUGAUGGCGUGCGAACUGCUGCAACUGAGAGCUUGCCCUACCUCUUAGAAAGUGGGAAAGUAAAAGGUAACGAUUACUUAAUGGGCAUGUGGAACUACAUAUGGCCAGAACUGUUGAAGGCAAUUGAUACUGAACCUGAGAACGAAGUUCUUUCAGAACAUAUGCAGUCCUUAGCGAAGUGUAUCGAAGUGUUAGGACUUGGAUUCCUCUCGCAAGAAGCCAUGCAAGAGAUGCUCAGAAUCCUUGACAGGUUGAUUAAGGAUCAUUUCGAACGAGCUGAAGCGCGUGUUGAGAAGAGGAAGGAUGAGGAUUAUGAUGAGGUUGUUGAAGAGCAAUUGGAGGAUGAGGAUAAUGAAGAUGUCUACAUUCUGAGCAAGGUUGCUGAUAUAUUACAUUCUCUCUUCUCAACUUAUAAAGCUGACUUCUUCCCUAUGUUUGACACACUAGUUGGUCACUUUGUCAAAAUGCUUGGUCCCGAGAGACCAUGGUCUGACAGGCAAUGGUCUCUGUGUGUAUUUGAUGAUGUUAUUGAAUUUGGAGGGCCAGCAUGUGCUAAAUACCAGCAGCACUUCUUAGGUCCUAUGUUGACCAAUGUUACUGACAAAAGGCCAGAAGUGAGACAGGCUGCAGUCUAUGGCUGUGGUGUUUUGGGUCAGUUUGCUGGAGAUGCCUUUGCAGUUGCUUGCAAGGAGGCUAUUCCUCGUUUGGUUGAGGUCAUCAGUGAAGCGGAUGCACGUGCAAUGGAAAAAGUAUGCGCAACUGAAAAUGCAAUUGCUGCAGUCACCAAAAUUCUUAAGUACAACCACUCUGCUAUCAAUGUUGAUGAGAUUUUACCCCUAUGGUUGUCCUGGCUUCCUGUCUGGGAAGAUGUUGAUGAAGCUCCACAUGUGUACGGCUACAUGUGUGAUCUUAUUGAAGCUAACCAUCCUAUUAUCUUGGGUCCAAAUAAUUCCAAUCUUGGCCGUCUUAUUGCAAUUAUUGCGGAGGCUUUCAACCGUGGAGCAGUUGAUGAAGACACAACACCAGUUGCUCAAAGAAUGCUUAAUUUAGUUCGUGAAAUUCAGAGAAACGAUGCUGUUUUCCAAGUCUGUCUUCAGCAACUCUUACCAGACCAACAAGUUGCACUCUCAGAUGCAUUAAACUCUACACCGACACCUAACUCAUGUUAAAUCCCCUUGUAGAUUGUGGAAAAGUCUAAUAUCUGCCUGUAAUUAGGACCGGUCUAUAAUGUGUGCUAAGCGCCAACUUUUAGUAAGUUACCUAUAUGAUUUUGAAAUAUUCAAAUUUAAACAGUAGGUCCUGAGCAAACAAUGAACAAGACUGAUAAUACCAUGUUCAGGAAUAAUUGAAAUUCGUAUUUGGCAAUUUUUCCAUUUUUAUUUUACAUUUUGUAGUAUUUGAAAGUGAGAGGAAGUUGUGCUUCCCAUUGAUUUUUUUAUAGAAUAUAUUUAUUAUGACCACAUUUAAGAACAAUAUUUCAAAUGUCAGUGAGAUGAAUAUUUAGGGGGAAUAGUUAUGCGUGCAAGAGUGACCUGAAGUUUUAUUAUACUUCAGUAAGUUAUAUUUUAGUCUAUCUUCUUUCAUUACUACAAUGUAAAUGGUCAAUAUUCACCAAUUCUGUCAAGUGAUGACAAGUAGCUAGUUUUUACACCUCAGCACCAUUUAAAUCUACUUGUUAUUCUACAGAUUAGCUUUAGAAAUUCCAGUGAUUACCAGAGAAAAUUGAGUUGCAACUCAUUGUAGUUAAUAUUAUGUCAUCACAGUAGAAAGGUUGCAUUUGUAGUAGAUUCCCUUAAGAUGACCCAUUCAUCAUCUUAUGCAGGUUGUUAAUGGUGGUACCGGUGCUGAGGUGCAUUUCUUGCAAUUUCUUGAGAGUGAAAUCAGGGAUUGUUUUAUGUGAUAUUCAAACAUAAUGUGCAAAGUCCACAGCUGAAACCUGUACAUCUCGGCUUGUCAUUGUAAUUAUGUAUGUAUGCACCAGCUUGUAAACUGGAAUUGAUUACAUAUUUCUUUUGACUUGAAGUGUGAAGAAAAUGAAUUUCUUUUACAUAUUUCUACUUGUUUGAUUCUGAUCAAUGUUUUGUGUUCUUACUCACCAUCGUACCGUAUGUAUCUAAUUUGUUGUCAUUGUGAAUUCCGUGAUUGCAUUUUUUUUGGAGAUUCCCUUUGUAUCUGAGGUGUGUGCAAGUCUGUGCACUGGAAAGACUGAUCUUGCCAUUUUGUUGAUAUGACAAGUGAAGGAAAUAAGAUUAAAGUCAUUGCUGGUCUUUGUCUAAAUUUUUUUCUGGAAAUUAGUGGUUUUUCCCUUUUCUACUAGUUUAUGUCUUCUCCAUGAUGUAGUAUUUAUCUGUGUUUUAAAUUAAGUGCCUUUUCUAUUUUCCAGAAAAUAGAUAUAGUAGCUGUGAUGUGAGGUUAGGGAAAAUAUUGCUGCGGGCAGCGAUGGAAGUCUUGCACUUGCCUCAUAUUUCUUUGAAGGGAUCAAAGAAUAUGCGGGAUGAAAAUCACAUGUUAUCACAUGGCUAGUUUUAACAUGUUUAAUUUGAAUUUUGAUCUGAAGCUGAAGUUAAAAUCUGUACGACAAUUUUUUCUGAACACUUAAAUGUUACUGCCGCAAAGAGCCACUAUUUUCGUAAUUCUAGGAAUGUUGGGUGUAGUGCAUCCAAUAUUGAGGAUUGAAAUGGAGAAAGACGAGUGUGCCUACAGUUGUCUCCCUUGUGCAAAUCUGCUUUUGUGCCGCUAUUGAAGUUGUAUUUUUCAGACAUGUCACAUGUUUGUUUCUCAGCAAUUAAAACUAUUAUUAGCGUGA